UCUGGCGCCAUCUCGGCAGUUCUCUGGCCUCGACCGAUCUCCUGUCGCCGAUCCCUCUGUCCACACCCAUCGCAUCCUCCCCCUCAUCACCUCCUCAGCGCCUGGGAUGUCGCAGCACGACUCGGAUGCUCCCAGCAUCGGACCCAUCUUUGGCUCGCCCUCGGCCAGACGCAAAACUCCUCCGCAGAUCGUCUUUGUCGUCAAUGUCCGGCCCAUGAUCACCCAGAUCCGCGAGCGCCUUUCGGUGGCCGGGAUGAGCGAUGACGCUGCACCCGAAUCGACCCGUCUCGCAGCUCUCAUUGACGAAUGCAUUCAAGAAACCAAGCUGGCCGUCCUCCGGGUGCUCCUCUACUUUUAUCUUCACGUCGACAGCCGAUUCGUUUGGAGCUUCCAGCUCUUCGACAUUGAUGCCAUUUCGCUCAUCAGUCAGACAGGCCCCACCCGCCAGGAGCUCGACUUUAGCCAGAGUGCCCUCGCCGGAUUCUCGUCCGUCCUUGCCGACGAGCUCCUGGACAAAAUCACCAAGACCCUCGACUCGGCCUCGCGGCCCAGCUCAGCUCCAUUCAAGGUUCCUCUGACAGGGCCAUCAAGACCGCCUCCGACCCAGCUCAGAUCCAUCGGUAUUCUGCUGCAGAAGGUCCUCGCCGACUUUCGGUGGACCUGGGCGUCAUCCCAUCGCUCGCUGCUCUUCUCGCCCAACAAGAUCCACAGCGACAUGCGGCGAUCAGAGCGGCACAUCCCCGUCAAGAUCCGAAACUUUGUGUUCUUGCUCUCUCCGCUGCCGCACUCGCCAAUGGAUCUCUCUGAGUUUGUGCUUGGACCAAACCACGAGCAUACCGGGCUGCUCAAUCUGUCCAGUCUGAUGAUCGAGACCACCCUGGACGAGCUGGUGGAGCAGUCCCAGGAAACCAUCCUCCGAUUCACCGAGAAGUACUUGGAGAACCGCAUUGCCCUGUCCUGGAUCGACUGUGCCCCGCGGGUGGUCUCGGAGUAUACCGAGUACAUCUUGGCAUCGCUCUCCUCGACCAUGCGUUUCUUUGGCGGGUCAGUCAUCGGCUGGGAGACAGUCCUCGACCCCUGCCGAACUGCACCCUUUGGCACCGUCUUCAGCCAGUAUCGACCCAAGCUCGUGGACGGAUCCGCAUGCGUCAAAGUCAAACGAGCCAAGCCCAAGGAAUCGCUCUGGCUGCGCUGGUCUAACUUUUCCUCUGCCGAUUUCCGUUUCCACGUUGGACACGGGCUCUUGAUGAACGAGUCGAACGAGCCAGUCUGCAAAAUCUCGUUGCACGAUCUCUCCAGGAGCCGCACUGGCCUGGAGGAGCAAAAGUCGCUCUUUUCAAUGGCAGUGCACAGCAGCAGCCCCGAAUGCUUCCAGCUGCGGAUUCUGCAGCGCAUUUCGUUGCCCGACUGGCCAGUGAACCACAGUCUCUUUCAGAAUGAGGUCCUUGUCGGGUAUCCGCCGGCAGGGAACUCGGCCGAGCACUCGGAGUCCAAGAGCAGCGUGAGGCACUACUUUCAAGCCCUCGGCAGGAUGAUAUCAGAGCGAUCUGCUCUUGUGGUGUCGCUUCCUCCUCUCUCAGCGCUAGCAGUCUCGAGCUCGCCCGACCGUCGCCAAGGCAUCGAGCACACGGACUCGGCGCACCACUACGCCUUGGUGUUCCCCUCGUCCGCCGGCUCGGUCUUUGUGAUGAGCUUUUUGGACUCGUUCUCGCAUAUCAUUGCCCAGGGCCACGUCGAGAGACUACUUGCCGGACCUGCGGGUGAUGCCCCGCAGCGCUCAAAUCUCCUCAGCCAGCUCGGCCUGUGGUAUGAGCAACCGACCAUCAGGACAAGCGGUCGUGCACGCACUUCUGGAUUCGAUGCCCUGGCUCUGUUUUGCCAGCGGUUCAUUGAGAACCACGACAGCUUGGAAGGCUCAUCGUGGGAGCGCGAGAUCAACGAUAUGACGCUGGGUGUCUGGCAGGGACACCAGGCACAUUUACUCGAGACCAUCACCGAACAAGCAUCCGUGCCCGCUCGACCGCUGACUGAUGCCGCCCUGGAAGUUGCAUCGUCCACUGCGGAGGCUCCGGCAUCCAGGUCGAUCGAAUCGCUGUGGUUUGAGCUUAACGAGGCCAUGCUCGACUUUGUAUAUCACAAGUCCGAUUUGACUCGGUUCGUGUUUGGACCAUUGGAGGCGUUCCUUUCAGAACUCAAACACGCAGAGUCGGAAGAGGAGACGCAUCGAUACUUGGCCAAGAUCAUGAGCAGCACACUUAUGUCAUCGCCCCAGAUCGAUCAAAAGUUCAGAGUGCUCGCUGCCAACGUGUUGUCGGCGGAGAAUGCACCACAGUCGUCUGAAGCCGAUAGCCAGGAUACAUCCGAUGUCGCAACGGUAUCGCCUCUGCAGCAAUGGCAAUUCAACGACGGGUCAGACAGCGAAAGAAAAGCACACUUGAGUGCCGUGACCUCGCUCCGCACGCAGCUGGAGCAAGGAGAGCGAGCACCAAGGGCAUCUGCGGAUGUUUUGCAGCGGGCCAUCAAGUCGCGAAUAUACCAAGUAUACCUGAUUCUACUGAUGGAGUGCCUGAUUCGCCAACAGAGCUCGACUCCUUUCGAUGCCUCCAUCGCAGCCCUCCUCUCCGAGCCGCCAAAGCCCAAGAAGAAGAAGAAGAACAAGGGCUCGAAGCACGGCACAGGUUCCGGCGCUCUAGAUAUCCAGCCUUCUUCAGAAGCGCUCAGGCUCUUGCUUGUGACCCAGUGGAUGAACAGCCUGAAUAUCUUGCUCUGUGCCACCGGCGAAAGUUCCGAAAUGGAUGUGUUUACCCGGCUGAUGUACCGGCGGUACUAUGGGGUGCUUCCCACAUACAUCCUGGCCAUCCUGGAGAUAUCGGGUCACGACCAUUUGAUCCGCGACGGCGCCAUGGACGAAGACUUUGACUUUGGUAGCCUCGACUCUGCCGUUACAGUCGGCAGCAGCAGCAGCAGCAGCCCCACAGGAGCAAGUCCCACAGGCUCUCAAGGAUCGGUAUCGGAUCGCUCCCUUUCGCAGCUGGCAAAGCGCAAGCGAGGCGAGUCUCCUGCACUCGCCGCCGAUGCGUCCGCAGCCUCGGUAUUUGCGCCGGGUCCGACCGUGGCUGUAAUUCAACUGCAGCCCGGCCAACGACGACCAGCGCCCAUUCGGCGUUGCGCCGAUAUCCGUCGGAGAACAAGCGGACUGUUUGUUGGUGCUCGGUCGGCCGACUCAAGCGAUAGCCUCGCCUCGGACGACCUGGGCGCACCGGCGCCUCGACCGGAGAGCGAUAAGAUCAAGAAGUUCUUGAGCGGCUCGACUGAAGCAGCAGUGCGGCUCGCGGCCAGUGACCAUCUAGCUCGAGUCCUUGCUGAAGAGAAAGCCAUAUCGAAGCAGUCGAUGACUAAACCCACCACCUUGCCGCAAUUCCGGGCUCUGAAAAUGGUCGUUGCAAAAUCCAAGCAGCCCAAAGACCCCAAGCACACCCUUGGUCCCUCAACGACUCCUCAGUAUGCUCGGUCUUCGUCGGCCAAUGCUGCGUCGGUCCCCAGAAUGCCGAGUGCUCUGCGCGCCUCGCGAUCGGCAUCUCCAGCUGUGCCUGUUAUGACCGCCUUACGCAGAUUGCCGCGGCCAGAGAUCGGCCGUCCUGCCCCCUCUGCCGCAGUUGUCUCGCCGCCUCGCUCGGCGAAUGCAAGGCGGCCGAUCUUCAUACCGCAGACCCCCGAGAAGCGCAGGACAUCGUGACGACCGCAAUACAGAGAGACAGCCGGCGGGACGAUGAUGCCCCUGA